UGGUGUAUUGCAAGUUUGCAUUUCUGCUUUUUAACGUAGUCGUUUUUUUUUUUUUAUUAAACUGUUAAGAUAUUAAAACGUUUUUCUGAAAAUAAAACUCAUGUUUAAAUAAAAGAGAUGGGGCUAGAAAGGUAAAAUCCCUCAAAAUACUUUUUGCGAUUUUUGUUAUUAUUUUUUAAAUAAAAACAAUACUUUUUAAGAACUUAUUUGUUACUGUCUUCCAUGUGCUUUAUUUCUAAAGUAUUUGGCAUUUUAUUUUACAAGUAAAAAAAAUAAAAAAAAUAAAUACCUAAACAAAAUAAAAAUCAUAUAAAUAAAAGAAAAAAGAAAAAAUACAUUUUUUUAAGUAAUUGGUUUCAAUGAGCCACAAUAACUGUUUCACUCGUUAUUUAUAGCAGGUGCAGUAUUUCUUUAACUUGCAAAUAUAUUUGUUAUCAUCUACAGGUGGGAUCUAAAAUCCACAGGUAUUUGUCCAUCAAAAUGAUCAUCUAUGGCUGCAGUUUUUUAAAUUAUGAUUGUCAAUAUUAAUUUAAUGAUUUUUAGAGUUUUUUCCACGGGAUGGUAAUGUCAGUCAUCGGUUCCUAUCUAAAUUUGUUUUCAAAGCUGACGCUGUGCUUAAAACUAUAACCAAACAACAGACACCUGCCAUGCGCUUCAAUAAUUGAUCUGCAAACGAAUAAAUAUUUAAAAUCUGCCCUUUGGUUUGCAGCGGUCGGAAAAAAUAUCAAGGGCUUCGUGUUCUACCAAUCAGAGGCGGAGAUCCCACACUCCCGCUGAUUUUCAGCCAAUCAGGAACGCACUUCCUCCAUUUCCUGUUGUGGAGCCGGAGUUGGACGGGACAAGUCUCCGGUCCAGAAAAUGAAUCAAAUUCCUUUGUUUUGCAUGGACUGCUUUACUUUUUUAAUUCACCAGUAGAUGUGAUGUUCGCAGCCGAGCAGCAUGCGUCUUCUAGCCUGCGACAGGGAGCUGGCAGGUAUCGGUUGCUGCACCUGAUGUCAUGACGCGAUACUUGGUAUUUCCUUGACAACAGAGGAUCUUAGGUAUUCAGGACCACCAUGCCGAUCACACUGCUGUGGGCCGUGGACGUGUACGGCAGGGUGUACAGCCUCUCCACAGCCGGCCAGUGCUGGGUACGCGCCGACGACAUGCUGCUGGAGCUGAAGCGGGUCACGGCGGGGAAGGACCGCUGCUGGGGCAUCGGCUGUGAUCACCUUGUUUACCUGAAUAUAAUCCCCAGUGAGACCCCCAUCCGCUACCGGGAGGAGACCUAUGAGAACCAGCGGUGGAACCCUGUGGAUGGCUUCACUGAUGUGCUGCUCCCCACCGACCGCUGGCCGUGGAGCGAUGUGACCGGGAUGAACCCCCAGCCGCUCCACAGCUUCCAGCUCCCCUCCCGCAGCUGGGAGUGGGAGGGAGACUGGUACGUGGAUCAGAGCUGCGGGGGGGAACCCAGCCAGACCGGGGGCUGGGAGUACGCCGUCGAUUUCCCGGCAAACUUCUCUCCAGAGAAAAAGUGGAACUCGUGCGUCCGGCGCAGGCGAUGGAUCCGCUAUAGAAGAUACACAGCACAAGGAACCUGGGCAAAAAUCCCCUUGGAGAAUCCCAGGAAGCCCCCACUUCCACUCUGUGACAUCAGCUGUGGGGGGUGGGAGAUGAGCGACCAGUCUGGGCGAUAUCCCUAUCUCUGGGGGGUGACCCAACAAGGACAGGUGUGGUUCAGGGAGGGCAUCCACCCUCGUGUCCCAGAGGGCACCAGCUGGGAGGAGGUUGAAGUUCCCAAAGAGGUGGCUCAGCUAUCAGCGGGCCCCGGGGACCUUCUGUGGGCUUUACUGUGGGACGGGAACUUGCUGGUCCGCACCGGCCUGAGCCUGGACAGCCCAACUGGCACUUCCUGGGUGGAGGUGGAAUCACCGGGGAAAGAGAUGGAAGCGCUCCACGUGUCUGUUGGAGUCAGCGUGGUGUGGGUGGUGACUAAAGACUACAAGGUGUGGUUCAGGCGAGGGGUGAACUCCCACAAUCCCUGUGGCUCCGGCUGGAUCAGCAUCGGUGGGGAGAUGAUGAUGGUGGACGUCGGGCUAAACGACCAGGUGUGGGCGGUGGGGGAGGACCGCGGCUUGUAUUUUAGGAUGGGGGUGACUCUCUCGGAGCCGAGCGGAAAUGGCUGGAUCCCCGUUUCGGCGCAGUGGGGCAGCAGUAAAGAGGUCGCCCCGCCGAGGGAGGAGUGUGAGCUGAGCGGCCCGCUGACCGAGGCCUCUCAAGGCUCAGUGCUCAGCUGCACCGACUCAGACUCGGAGUUUGGGCCUACGGACCCCCACAGCCCUGUAGACACCCCCGUCGUGGAGGCAGAAGCCACUUCUCAAGAAGGGAAAGUCUCAGUUUCAGCCCCCCAACAGGACGCCCCGAAAGCUUUCAUCCCCGCCAGUGACAGCUUCAUCAACAGCCUGGUGUCCGACCGCGACAAACCGGUGGUGCAGCCGGCUACCGUCACAGAAGAAGAAGAGCGCGAGGAGCUGCCCCCAGCCCCGGUGCUCCCAGCACCUCAACCUGCAGACGUCCCAUGGAUGAACGUAGACCUGGAGGGGGCGGAGGCGGCUCGGAACGCGCAGGCGUCGGGACGCCCGUUGAGUGAUGCUCCUGCCGCCGCCACGUACGAUCUGGGGACUCUGGAGGGCUCGCAGGGCGUCGGAGAGGAGGACGGGCCGGUGUGGGCGUGGAUCUCCGGCGGAGGCUGCGACGUGGACGCCGGCUCGCAGAUCAGCUGGCUCAGUCCUUCUGGACCUCUCCCCAGCUCCUUGUCACUGACUCCGGUGCAGUCGGCUGCCUGGAGCGAGCAGCCGCAGCAAACGGAACACCGGCAGGAGAUCAGCAAGAAGCCUAUUGAGAGAAGCAACUCGGUGUGGGUUCGUAAAGGCUCCCUGCGUUGGUGGAGAGACUGGAAGCCACAGCGCUGGGUGGACGUGGGCGUCGCCCUGGAACAAUCCACCAAACCCGACGGCCGGAAGGACAGCAUCUUCUUUGUUUAUUACACCCAGUACGACGAGAAGAAGUAUCUCCACGUUGUUAUCCAUGAAGUGACGGCGCUGGUGCCGCUGCUGCGAGACGACUACUUUGCCUUCGCGCUGUACACUGCAGACAGGACCAAACAGAGGUGGCCUCUGGUUUUAGCGGCACAAACGGAGAAGGACAUGAACGACUGGUUGGAGCUGCUGUCCGGCUGUUGCUGCAAGUGUCGAGGCAUCGCCGGACCUCCAUCUCGACGGGCCGUGUGGUCCACCACCACAAAGGGGGACCUCAUGGUCCACGAGCCGUGCUUCUCUCUGGAAGCCCCCGCCAACACCAUGCCCUGCGACCUCAUGUUUUGGCGGCAGGUCCCGGGUCACCUGCGCUGUGUAGAGUCUAACAGUCUGGGGCUGGUGUGGGGCGUCGGGUGGGACGGCACUGCCUGGGUCUACACCGGACACUGUGGGCCCACAUCGGCCAGCCAGAUGUACGAGCAGUCCGACGUCAGGAGUGUGCACGUGUACGAGAACCAGCGGUGGAACCCCGUGACCGGAUACACCGACAAGGGGCUGCCCACCGACCGGCCCAUGUGGAGCGAUGAGAGCGGGCUGAAGGAGUGCAGCAAAGCCAACACCGCCCCCCCUUCCCCACAGUGGUCAUGGGUGUCAGAAUGGACCGUGGACUACAAAGUUCCUGGCGGGACGGACAAAGAGGGCUGGCAGUACGCGGCAGACUUCCCCACGACGUUUCACGGCCACAAAACAAUGAAGGACUUUGUCAGGCGCAGACGGUGGACCAGGCAGUGCAAGAUCACCGUGAGAGGCCCGUGGAAGCAGGUCCCGCCCAUCCACCUGAGCGACAUCUCCAUCAUGCCCUGUCUGGCCCAGAGCCGGAUGGAGCAGGUCCCCGUGUGGGCCAUCAGCGACAAGGGAGAUGUGCUGUGUCGCCUGGGGGUGACGCCCCUGAACCCUGCGGGCAGCUCCUGGCUCCACGUGGGCACCGACCAGCCCUUCAAAUCCAUCUCCAUCGGUGGGGCCAACCAGGUGUGGGCCAUCGCCAAGGAUGGAGCCGUGUUUUACCGGGGAUCUGUGUCGCCGCAAAACCCUGCAGGAGAAUGCUGGUACCACAUCCCCUCUCCUCCCAAACAGACCCUCAGACAGCUGUCGGUUGGACGGACGUCCGUCUUCGCCGUGGAUGAAAACGGUAACCUGUGGUACAGGCAGGGCCUCACCCCCAGCUACCCCCAGGGAUCUGCCUGGGAGCUCAUCUCUAACAACGUCACCAAGGUCUCUGUGGGCCCGCUGGACCAGGUUUGGAUCAUUGCCGAUGGAAUUCCGGGUUUUCCCACUGAGACUCCGGGGGCGGUCUGCCAUCGGUUGGGGGUGGGGCCCAUGCAGCCCAAGGGCCAGUCCUGGGACUACGGCAUCGGGGGGGGCUGGGAGCACAUCAGUGUGAGGGGGAACUCUGCGGAGGCGCCUCGGAGUCCCCACCCUCCCCCGCUGGGCCCCGCCCGCAGCCCAGCCCCCCAGAGAACGGUGAACGGGAGCGCAGUGUGUGUGUAGUCCGUGUUGCGGCCGUCUUCCUCCAGCCCUGUUUGUGCCUGGAUCUGCAUUCGCCUCCUGGAAUCAUUCCCUAAUUCCCCUUCAUGUGAAGGGACCGCACAACCGGACCGCACAGCCGCCACGUCUGGAUGGAUGGAUGAGCGUCGGGGCCUGGCUGGGUUUCCAGGCGGAAGGACAGCCUGGAUCCAGCAAAAAAGGGGUGCAUGUGUUUGAUUGUACGACUGCUAGGCAUCAUGGGACGGAGCAAUAGCUUUUUAUUUCUUCACCUUUGGAGAGGAGGGAUUUCAGUGAAGGGCUAAUUUACAGUCGUUGCUGCUGCAGCCUGAGAUCUGUUUGUUUGUUUGUUUGUUUGUUUGCAUGUCAUUUGAAUUCUGAGGAUUUGUUGAAGUGUUUCUCAGUUUGUGUUUGCUUUAGUGUGUUCUUUAUUUAUUUAUUUAUUUUUCUUCCCAAACAACUCGCCGUCUGAGGACUUCUUUUUUUCUCCCAAGAUGGGAAUAAAAUCUUUCCGGAGUGGGAACAUAUUGAUGCCCUGCAAUAAAACCUUCUUCCUGCUGGAAGAAGAAUCCGAUCAUUGAGACUGUUGACUGAACACCACCCAGCCGCACAUUCAUGGAGAUGCAAAAUAAAAGUUUGAAUAUGCUCGA